AUUGAACUAUGGCGAAGGCACCACCACCAGCGUUGGCGCCGCCGCCGGCGCAGAAGAAGAACAAGAACCCGAACCGCAUCCCGGAAAGGAUUCAGUUAGACAUCAUCGCCUUCAUGGAGACUGGCGUGGGCUUCACGGACCUGGAAGUUGCGGCGGCGUACGGCGUGCUCGAGUAUUACGUCGCCAAGCUGCGCAAGAUCAUCCCGUUAAAGGAGAAGUACGGCGUGAAUUCGUUACCCCCGCGUCGGACCGCGCGAUUCGUGGCGACCAAGUUGUCGGACGACAUCAAAGUGGACAUCCUGACGAAGAAGGCGCUGAGAAAGUUGUCGUCGUACACUGUCGCCAUGAUGUACGGCGUGACGAGCAUGGCGAUCCACAACCUUCGCCGAGACAAGGACAAAGUACUUCGGCGAUACAAGCUCGGUCGAAAGGACCUCCGCGACAAGCGCCGGAGCGGCUUUUCGUCCAUCGUCCCGUUCGACGAAGAAGUGCUUCGAUGGAUCGACGCCACUCCUGGCUGCAAGGCCAAGGGCAUCGUGGAAUUCGCGAGGCAAAUCGCACCAGCAUAUGGCCGACCGCCGACAUUCAAAGCCACGUACGGGUGGUUACACGGAUUCAAGAAGCGCUACGAUGUGUCCAAGCCAGAACAGCUCAUUGUCGACAUGGAUCAAGCAGAUGAAGACGAAAUCAACCCGUCCGACGAUGACGACGAAAGCGAUGACGACGAAAGCGAUGACAAUGCUGGUGACAAUGCUGGUGACAAUGCUGGUCGCAAUGCUGGUGACAAUGGUGGCUGGGGGCCAUUGUACUAUGGCAGCAGCGACGCCAACACCGACGACGACACGGCAAGGACUGGUGUGUGCUGUGCUAGUAGUAGUACUAGUAGUAGUACUAGUAGGUCGAGUGACGACGAAACGAUUUCGGACGUGGACAUGCACGGCGACGACGACGCCAUAGCAGAUCACGAAGAUGACAGUCCCGUGAAUGGUGACGAUGACGAAGUCGAUGGUGACGAUGACGACGUCGAUGGUGACGAUGACGACGUGGAAGGUGACGAUGGCGACAUGGAAGGUGACGAUGGCGACGUCGAUGGUGACGACGUGGAAGGUGACGACGACGCCAUGGAAGAUCACGAAGAUGACAGUCCCGUGGAUGGUGACGAUGACGACGUGGAUGGUGACGAUGGCGACGUGGAUGGUGACGAAACGGAGGAUGAGCCAGUUAGCUAG